UUACUAUAUUUACCGGUAAUUGUAGUGUUUGGUGAUAUAAUGUGAAUUGUAUUGAAUAUACGAUCCCUUAAGUACUGCUAUUAGUGUUGUUUGAGUGUUCGGGUGUAGGCUUUGACUGCAUUUGACUAAUAAUACCAGCGAUUGAUGUGUUGACUCAUUGGCCACACAUUGCCGCCGAUCGGUAAUCACUGACCACAAUGAGUGCCAAGAAGUGUAGUCGAUGUGAUAAAACUGUUUAUCCCAUUGAAGAACUCAAAUGUCUCGAUAAGGUUUGGCACAAACUAUGCUUCAAAUGUCAAGAGUGUGGUAUGACUUUGAAUAUGAAGAACUAUAAGGGAUUCAACAAACUUCCCUAUUGUAAUGCACAUUGUCCUCAGGCCAGGGCUACGGCCGUAGCCGAUACACCAGAGGCGCGACGAUUGGCUGAAAACACAAAACUUCAAAGUCAAGUGAAAUAUCACGAAGACUUUGAACGACAAAAGGGUAAACUAACGCAAGUGGCCGACGAUCCCGAAACACUUCGCAUCAGAAAUAUAUCACAAAGGAUUAGUAACGCCGCAUAUCAUGGAGAGUACGAAAAGAAGAAACAAAUGGAGCAGAAGAGGAAUGUCGGACAAGAAGAUAAUCGCGUCAGCAAUGGCUUCUCUGCCGUCAGUAUGCAACACACGGCGGCCAUCACGACUCCCGCCUCACAUAUAAUCGAUGAGAACAAAAACUCUCGACAAACGAUUCAACUUCAGCAACAACAGCAACAACACAACGACUCAAUCAAUCAUAACAUUCGAAACAGUGGUGACAACAAUACAUAUCUUCAUAAUGUUGGUCCACAAUCUCAUGCUUUUCAUACUAAUAAUAAUAAUAACAAUAAAGAUAUGAAUGCUUAUCCAUCUAAAUCUCAAUCUAAUGUUAUAUAUACAUCUGAUGAGGGACCAGUAAAUGAAAACUCGAAAAAAGUUGGAUCAAUUGCAGAUUACGAUCCAAUUAACGAUAACUACGGUUCCAUUGCUAGUGGUUAUCGGAUUGAUAACACCGCUGCUUAUUAUACAGGCGGUCCUCAAACAUACACUCAGGUGGUGUCCAACACAGCAAUACGUCGACCAACGAGUCGAUCAUUUCGUGCGAUAUAUGACUAUACAGCUCAAGACAUUGAUGAGGUUUCCUUCUUAGAUGGAGAUGUUAUUGUAAAUUGUGUGCCUAUAGAUGAGGGUUGGAUGACAGGUACUGUUCAACGCACCGGACAGACUGGAAUGUUGCCAUCAAAUUAUGUCGAGUCUUAUAAUUGAUUGUUUUUUACACUAAUAUGUCUUAUAUUUUCUUAAAUGCCGUACUUUUCUAAUGUAUUAAUAAAUGUUUAUUAAAGCGUUAACUUUAUUACCACUUAAUAUAGUGAAUGUUUGUAAGUGAAUGAAAUGAUCUAAUUUUAUGUGUUUGAAUGUCUUAUAUAUUGAUAUUUUUAGCCAUUUUGG